AGGGUCUCUCGGCCGCUGUGGCGGAGGUGAUCCGCUGCCGGCCCCAUGAGCCGGGCUGCCGUUGGUGGGCUACAUGCAGCAGCUCUCCUGAUUUGAAGCCGGCGGCUCCCCGGCAGCUGCGGGGAGAAGAGAGGAGGGGGCGGGGGAGCCGCGGACCCACGGAGCCGGCCCCGCCCAGCCCAGCAUGCCAAUUCCUCGCCUCCCUGUGCCGGACAGCGUCUUAAACAUGUUCAGAGACAAGGAAGAGGAGGUCACAGAUGACAGCACAAAGCAUGGUGGACGAGUGCGCAGCUUCCCGCAUGAGCGGGGCAACUGGGCGACAUACGUCUACCUUCCCUGUGAAAUCCAGGAGGAAUUGCUGGAACUGCGGGAGCUCCUGGUUUCCCGUGCCCGCAGGUACGCGGUGUCGCUCACUGCCAUGGAGGAAUUCCACAUCAGCCUCUCCCAGAGCGUGGUUCUGCGCUACCACUGGAUAAACCCCUUGGUCCAAUCCCUCAAGGAACGUGUAGCCUCCUUCUACAGGUUCUUUUGUACGGCCAGCCAGGUUAAGGUGUAUACCAACCAGCACAGAACCAGUUUGCUCGGAGGCUCUUCUUGCACUCCAUCUUUCCCCCCAUCUGUGCGCAGGACCUUUGUGGGCUUGGAGGUCUCGUGUGGGCAUUCUCAGUUGCUGGAGCUGGUCUCGGAGGUGGAUAAAGUUAUGGAGGAGUUUGAUCUCCCAACAUUCUACAAGAACCCAUCAUUCCAUAUCAGCCUGGCCUGGUGUGUCGGGGACCUGACUGACAAGCUGGAAGGGCAGUGCCUCCAGGAGCUUCAGGAGAUCGUGGAUGGGUUUGAGGACUCUGCAUUCCUGCUGCGAUUCCAGUGGGAUCAGAUCCGCUGCAGAUCUGGGAACAAGUUCUUCUCCUUCCCCUUGCGGUAGGAGACGGGAAGCCGUGCACUCCAGCUGCCCUGAUGCCUCUGCUAACUCUUGGACAGUUUGGAGUUUCACAUGCAUGCCGAGCUGCUGUUCUCAGCUCAUCAGCCUAGGGAGGUUUGUAGCCUCAAGCCAGGCUGCUUUUGUUUGAAGCCGAGGGCCCUAGAUGUGUGUAUAUGUGAGGCUUUUAGGUUAUUGUGCUGUGUAGACUGCUGUCAACACAGGCCGUUCUACGCUACCUGUGGUUGCCAGAUGUGCUGAUGUUUUAAGCCCUAGUCACCUUCUAGUGCAGAGGCGAGGGAGGUUGCUAAGGGAAGAUUGUCACACAGCUGGAAAUUGCACUGCAUUGCUAAGGGGCUCUAGAGCAUAGUUACUGUCCUGAGCUCUGAGUCGGUAGCUAUUAACAGCAAGAUCCAGGGGUGCAGAGUUAGGUCCUUCUCUGUUAGGACAGAUCAUCUUUCUGCCUACAGCUGACUGGGGACAGGUGCCCCUAUAAAACUCCUCCUCCCCGAUGUCUUUAUUGCCACACUGGAGAAAUUGAGCAUGAAAUCCUCAGUCCAAGUCCAGGUGGGAUUAAAUCUGGCAGAGAGGGGGAAGGGCCUUGACUUUCAAUGCUAAGCAGCCUCACUCCAGUUUGGGACUAGUGGAAAGUGUUCAGUUUAAACUGAUCCACAGAGAGACCUUGGGGAGGAGAAGAGCAGCAGGGCACCGAUUUUAAGAGAAUUUUAAAAGGCACAGGGCAGGUUUUUAUCUUAAAUAGGAGGCUUGUCAUACUGCCAAAUGCCCAAAAGAGGGCAGUGUUGAUUUUACCGUGUGAACUGGCUAGCAAUUCGGUAUUUGGCCAAGUCCAGAAUUACCUGCUGUUGUUUAGCUUAAUUUGAGCAAGCCAAGGACAUCGGUUUCCAGGGUGGGGUGCACCUUGCACCAGGACUAACUCCACUUUCAAAUGAAUCAAGGUAACUGGAUCCUGUAAUGACCUCCCUGGACUUCAGCUCCUGAGGAGAUCCUGUGCAGACUGUACUUUCCUGCCCGUGACAGGUGCUUUGGUCUCUCAGAUAUUCUGGACUUGGCAGGCAAGUUAUGUCCAUCAUUCCAUAUUUAUGUGCCAGAAGAACCCAAGGCUUUUGUUUAGUAUCAAACUCUGGUUUCUAGUUGCCAUAAAGUUGUUUUCCUGGUAUAUUCUGGACAUGUUCUGGAUUCUUGGAAGUGCUGAGCAUCUGCAGCUCCCAUGGACUUCAAAGGAAAUUGUGGAUAUUGAGCGCUUCUGAGACUCAGCCCCUCAGUGGCCCUUCUCUCCACUGAGAUGGCCAGUGAUACCCCCACCCUGCUAACGCAGCUUUGAGAGACCAGUGUCGCAGGGGAUUCAUUGCCAUUUAAAAUCUUGCUAAGAAGUCCUUUAUGUUUAUCAACUUCUUACCUGCAAUAUUUGAUUUCCAAAAUUCUUAAUGGACUCCCUGAGUGGGUUUGUAGGGGCCAGAAGAUGAAAUUCACUGUUUAAAAUUUUGUAUUAAAUAUAUAGCUAAAUAAAACCUCCUAUUUCUGCCUCUGG